GCGGUCGCUCGAACGGUUCCAUCUCUGGCAGGUGGUGUGUUCGAGAGCAGACUAAUGUUUAGGAAGAUAGGUAGUUAAAGGAGAUCCAUUUACCUUGAUUCACAUUUUUGCGUUUUCGGUGCACUUAAUAUUGUUUGCCGGACGCCGAGUUUGAGUGAGAUUAACGUCGAGUUUCCCCUUGAGCCAGCCACUUUCUGUUGAAAUUACACAGUGCUGCAUUGAGUGAGACAGAAGUGUGGUCAAUUACGGGUACUAUUUAUACUUACAUUGUGAAGAAAGACCGAAUACAUAUUGAUAAUGUUUCUUCUGGCACGUUAACUGAAUACCACCAAACCACUGUAAAGGCAACUUCUCCAAUAUUUACCUCGUAGGAUUCCUUUCACUUCAUCCACCACUGCUGUAUGUCGGUAGCUGUUGUGUUUUGAGGGGUCGUUCCUUUUGUUUAGAUUUUGAGACAUAUCACGAUGAAUCACGUCUGAGAGGAGUUUUGGACAAAAAAUGAGUACGCGUUUUUAUAAAGAUGCAGAAAAUAUAGAGGCCUCGUCUUUUGCGGGCCCAAAUCUGUGUGGAAUAAGGAGCGAAGGAUCCGCAUUAAAAUAAUCCGAAUAUAAUGGGACCAAAUGAGACGAGAAACAUAGACAAUGUAUCAAUGACGGCGAUUUUGUCAAGUUUAAAGUCGCCUAGAACAAGAACAAGUAGCCUACCCUACUGCUGAAGCAACAACUGAUCCCCCCCACAAAGGAGGGAUACCGCUCUGCAAUCAACCCUUAUUCUUUUCCUGCAUUUCAUUUUCCAUUCUAUCAAUUCAUUUGUGUUUAUUACAUUUUUAAAAAUUGGAAUUUUGAUCUGGAUCCAGCUCUGACUUUGUUCAAUGGAAGUAUGUUACCAGCUGCCGGUUUUGCCUCUAGACAGGCCGGUUCCUAAGCAUGUCCUCAGCCGGAGAGGAGCCAUCAGUUUCAGCUCCAGCUCGUCUCUCUUCGGGGCUCCUGAUCCAAGACAGCUGUCUCAGAGACGAGGGGCCAUCUCUUAUGACAGCUCAGAUCAGACCGCUCUGUACAUUCGUAUGCUCGGAGAUGUGAGAGUGAGAAGUCGGGUAGGAUUUGACCCAGAAGGAAAAGGUUCCUACUCGUACCUGUGCAUCGACUUCCGCACCCUACACUCCUACUCAGACUCUAGUCUGAUCCCUGGUCCUGGCUUCAGUUCGGCUGGGCCUGUGUCUGGCAGGAGGCUCCGCAGACUGCUCAGCUUCCAGAGGUACCUGCACUCCUCCCGUCUGCUCCGGGGAACACCCCACCUCAACCCCCUCCACAUCCUGGAUGAGGACUACACCGGACAGGCCAAGUGUAUGCUGGAAAGGGUCGCGACCUGGAAUUUCGACAUUUUCCUCUAUGACAGAUUAACCAAUGGAAACAGCCUGGUGACGCUGACCUUUCACCUCCUUAACCAGUAUGGUCUGUUGGAGCUGUUUCAGCUGGACAUGGUAAAGCUGUGGCGCUUCCUGGUCAUGGUGCAGGAGGACUACCACAGCCUCAACCCCUACCACAACGCUGUGCACGCCGCAGACGUCACGCAGGCCAUGUACUGUUACCUGCGAGAACCCAAGCUGGCCAAGUCCCUGACGUCCUGUGACAUCCUCCUGGGCCUGUUGGCAGCCGCCACUCAUGACCUGGACCACCCGGGAGUCAACCAGCCCUUCCUCAUCAAGACGAACCACUACCUGGCCAAGCUCUACAGGAACUCCUCUGUUCUGGAGAACCAUCACUGGAGGUCUGCAGUAGGUCUGCUCAGAGAGACCGGCCUGUUCUCCCACCUGCCUGCUGAGGACGGGCUGAAGAUGGAGCACCAACUGGGUUCUCUUAUCCUAGCCACUGACAUCAGCAGACAGAACGAGUACCUGGGGAAGUUCAGGACACACCUGGACCAGGAUGACCUGUACCUGAGCAACGCCAGCCACCGACACUUCAUCCUCCAGAUGGCUCUGAAGUGUGCGGACAUCUGCAACCCCUGCAGACCCUGGGAGCUGAGCAAACAGUGGAGUGAGAAAGUGACGGAAGAGUUCUUCCACCAAGGAGACAUUGAGAAGAAGCACCGACUUGAAGUCAGUCCACUGUGUGAUAGCCAGAGUAACUCCAUGGCAAACAUUCAAAUUGGUUUCAUGACGUAUGUGGUGGAGCCUUUGUUUGCUGAGUGGGGCCGGUUCUCUGACACGCGUCUGUCCCAGACCAUGUUGGGCCACCUGGGGCUGAACAAGGCCAACUGGGGUGGGUUAGUACAGCAGGAGGGGUCCUCUAGCCCCGAGGAGCUGGAACCUAGCAGCCCUGCCUUCUUCACCAUGUCAAUGCCCGCCGUCACCGAGUCAGAACCAGAGUCUGCCUCUGCUGCGGAACCCAUAGCUGUCACCACGGCAACAGCCACAGGAGAAACCAACUACAAAGAAAUACCUCAGGGAAGCAAAGAGUCCUGACACUCCAUGUUUGCCCUUAGAACCCUGACCCCUGACCCUUAACCGCUAGCCUCGACACAUACUGGGGAGAGGGUGGGAGGAGCGGGGUGUGGCCUUUAACCCCCCUACUCCCACUGCCCCACCAGAACAGUACUCAUGUUUUUGUUGCCUUUGCCUCCCAUAUUUGACAAACCACAGAUUUAAUUUAUUUCAUUUUAAAUUUUUUCCUUGGCAUACAUAGAUACUGCUGCUGUAUUUAGUAUUUUUAUUGGCUUAUUUUAUUUAUUUAUUUAUCCUCUGUAGUUUUAGCCUUACUAAUGUAACACCACCAUUUUGAAGGCGAAGUGCCAUUUUCAAACAAAGUUCUGUAGGAGGAUUUGAAACACACUGAGCAUUGAAGAGAUGCUCUCUAAUGACCGCACAGAGAUGCCGUGAUGUGUGUUGAUGCAUUUGUAAGGAAUCUUCUUCCUGACGAUGAUGUGACAAGCCCAGUCCUUUUGCUGCCUCUAUGAAGACUGUUUACAGAUGUCUUGUUUGUUUAUCCUUGUUGUCCAUUCGAAAUGAAUCAUUAUGGUUCAGCGAUAUGCCUUCUAAGCACAGAUGCGAAGAACCACUAGUGUUUGAAUUGUCGACUCACUGCUGAAGUUGACUGAUACACACACACACACACACACACACACACACACACACACACACACACACACACACACACACACACACACACACACACACACACACACACACACACACACACACACACACACACACACACACACACACACACACACACACACCCCAGAUGCCAUAAAGAAACACCCCCUGUGCUCCAUUGUAUUCAUCUCUUCCUUGCACUGCCAAAAGACUGAAAUAUUGGACACAACUUCUGUUCUGAGAGAACUUGGGUUAGACAGAAUGGUAUUCUAGAAUGUAACUAAUAUGAAGAAGCAUUGUUGUCAGUGACUGUAGAGAAUGCAUGACCUCUAACCCUGGACCAGUCACUGAGGCAUAGUACACACACCCCAUCUGAAAACUCCCGUCACAACACCACUCACGCAGGGUGGACUGUAGGAGGGAUGUUUACUGUGGUUUAGCUACCUGUGAAACAGCUGUUUACUUCUACUGAAUGGGACUCUCUCAGAAUGUCUCUCAUUAUCAUCAUAGCCACAUGCAACCUAGGACUGCUGUACUGAUGCCUUAUAACUAUGCACACUGCGCUAAGUGACCAAACCAGCUCCCUACCACUAGUUCUUCUAGUAAUCUCAUGAAGUACAUCGUGUGCUUGUCCUCUUAAUGCACUGUCUGAUUUUCUUUUGCCUUUUUUGUGAGGAAAAACUGAACUCAAACACAUUCUGUAUAUAAAUGGUUUUUUGUUUUUUUUACAUUCCAUCUCCAUUUAUACAUUUUUAUUUUUUCUGUAGACUGCACAAAGAUUUUAAUAACAGGUGCUUUUUCCUAUUUUAGCUGAUUUGAGUAUUUUCGCUGUAAGACUGUUUACAAUUUGUUGCGACAGCCAUUUUGGGAAGAAGACUUGUCAAGCCAUUUUGUACAGGAUUUGCCGUAUUGACCUUUUGAUACAUGCUUGUUGCCGUUUACAUUUUGAUAAAUAAAACAAGUUGACAUGAA